AUGGUUCCCUUCAUUAUUUCAGCAACGACAGUACUCUUCUUCUUCUUCACUAUCACUUGUGUUUCUUCCACCAUCCUUUCAGAUUUCCAUGCAUUGAUGGCUCUGAAAGAAGGAUUCCAAUACUCAAACCCAGCUACAGACACAUGGAAUUCUUCCAAAGGCCCGGCCUCAGUCUGCUCGUGGAGUGGAAUCAGAUGCUUCCGUGGCCGAGUAGUCUCCCUCAACAUAUCAAGCAUGAAUCUGUAUGGCACCAUUUCACCUCAAAUUUCAAGGCUCGACAAACUGGUGGAGCUUUCCAUUGAUGGGAACAACUUCACUGGUGACAUCAUGAUCGAGAACCUGAGCUCUCUUCAGUUCCUCAACAUGUCGAACAAUCAGUUUAGUGGUGGUCUAGAUUGGAACUACUCAAGCAUAGCCAAUUUAGAAGUUCUCGAUGCAUAUAACAACAAUUUAACUGCCUACCUUCCCAUUGGCGUGUUGAGUCUGAAGAAACUCAGGCACAUGGAAUUGGGAGGAAACUUCUUCUUCGGGAGAAUCCCAGCAAGUUAUGGAAACUUGUUCUGGUUGGAGUACUUGUCAUUGGCAGGAAAUGAUCUUGAAGGUGAAAUUCCCAGGGAACUGGGAAAUCUCACCAACCUGAGAGAGCUUUCCCUCGGCUAUUACAAUGCCUAUGAAGGUGGGAUUCCAAGGGAGUUCGGCAAAUUGGUUAGGCUGGUCCACCUGGAUCUUUCAAGUUGUGGGUUGGGUGGUUCGAUUCCUCCAGAGCUUGGGAACUUGAAGUUACUCAACACAUUGUAUCUUCAUGUCAACAAGCUCUCAUGUCCAAUCCCAAAGUCAUUAGGCAACUUGACAAGCCUGGUGAAUCUUGAUCUUUCUCUGAAUCAAUUCCAUGGAGAAAUUCCAUAUGAGCUCAUCCACCUAAAGAAAAUCAAGCUCCUCAAUCUGUUUAUGAAUAGAUUCAACAGAUCGAUUCCAGAUUACUUUGCUGACUAUCCUGAACUAGAAACUAUUGCUCUCUGGAUGAACAAUUUCACAGGCACGAUCCCAAGGAAUCUUGGCCGGAAUAAGAGGCUGAUAAACGUAGAUUUGUCUUCAAAUCAGCUCACCGGCACCAUUCCUGAACACUUGUGCGCUUCCAACCAGCUGAAGACACUGAUUCUUUACAAGAACUAUUUGUUUGGAUCGAUUCCAAACGAAUUCAGUGCAUGUUCCAGUCUGGUUCGGGUAAGGUUGGGGCAGAACUAUUUAAACGGAAGCAUUCCAGGAGCAUUUAUUUACCUGCCAGAACUAAAUUUCCUCGAAUUGCAAAGCAAUUUGUUGUCUGGUUCUCUGUCUGAAAACAGGGAUUUUUCAACCAACCAAAGUAAGUUAGGCCAAAUGAACCUGUCCAACAAUCAGCUUUCUGGGCCUUUGCCAUCUUCCCUUUCGAAUCUUUCUUCCCUUCAAAUCCUACUGCUUAGUGGAAAUAGUUUCUCUGGCCCAAUCCCUCCUUCCAUUGGAAAGCUUCAACAAGCAGUGAAGCUAGAUCUCAGUGGUAAUUCUCUGACAGGUGAAAUUCCUUACGGAAUUAGCAACUGCAUCCACCUCAAUUACCUGGACCUGAGCCGGAAUAACCUAUAUGGUUCAGUACCACAAGAACUUUCCAAUCUUCGAAUCUUGAAUUACCUGAACCUGUCAAGAAACCAGUUCAAUGAAGCCGUGCCACAAUCUAUUGGCACGAUGAAGAGCCUCACAACAGCUGAUUUUUCAUUCAAUAAUCUUUCUGGGAAGCUGCCUGAAUUCGGGCAGUUUCUCGUCUUCAAUACUUCUUCUUUUGCAGGCAAUCCACAGCUCUGUGGAAUUGGGUUGAGCAAUCCCUGCAGCAUGACAAAAACAACAGCUUCAACUGGGAAAUCCCAUAAUGCCUUCAAGCUAAUCUUUGCCCUGGGCCUAUUAGUAUGCUCUCUGGUAUUUGCAACUGCAGCCAUCAUCAAGGCCAAGUCUUUCAAGAAAAGUGACUCCAGUUCUUGGAAAAUGACUGCCUUCAGGAAGCUUGAAUUCUCAACCUCUGAUGUCCUGGAAUGCAUCAAAGAAGGCAAUGUGAUAGGCAAGGGAGGGGCCGGUAUCGUCUACUAUGCCAAAAUGUCAAGUGGAGCCGAAAUUGCAGUCAAGAAGUUGCUCGGAUUCAACAGAGACCAUAGCCAUGAUCAUGGAUUCAAAGCUGAGAUUCGAACACUAGGCAACAUCAGGCACAGGAACAUUGUAAGACUCCUAGCAUUCUGCUCCAACAAGGACACAAACCUUCUGGUAUAUGAAUACAUGAGAAAUGGCAGCUUGGGAGAGGCUUUGCAUGGGAAAAGAGGUGCAUCAUUAUGCUGGAACUUGAGGUACAACAUCGCAUCAGAUGCAGCCAAAGGGCUAUGCUAUUUGCACCAUGAUUGCUCGCCUUUAAUUGUUCAUCGGGAUGUUAAGUCCAACAACAUACUCUUGGACUCAAGCUUUGAAGCUCACGUAGCUGAUUUCGGGCUGGCCAAGUUUUUAGUGGAUGGAGCAGCUUCACAAUGCAUGUCAGCAAUAGCAGGAUCCUAUGGUUACAUUGCUCCAGAAUACGCAUACACUUUGAAAGUGGACGAGAAGAGCGACGUGUACAGCUUCGGCGUCGUCCUCCUCGAGCUCAUCACCGGGCGGCGCCCCGUGGACGCCGAGUUCGGGGAAGGCGUGGACAUCGUGCAGUGGACCAAGUGCUCGACAAAUUGUCGCAGAGAAGAAGUCACUGGGAUAAUCGAUCCAAGGCUGGGCAUGGUGCCUAAGGACGAAGCCAUGCACCUGUUCUUCGUCGCCAUGCUUUGCGUCCAGGAGAACAGUGUCGAACGGCCGACCAUGCGAGAGGUGGUACAGAUGCUGUCGGAGUUCCCGCGCCGUUCCCCGGAGCUUCAGUCGUCGUCGUCGUGCGACAAGCAGAAGAGACCCGAUGAGGAAGAUCAACCCGACUUACCGGACUGAAUGAAUUUCCAAACCCUCGGCCUUUUUUUUUUUUUCCUAAAAAGAAUUAAUUUUUCGUUAUUUAUUUCACCAUUUUUUUUUUUUUUUGUUUGGUUUUUUUUUUUUUUUUUUUUUUCGUUUGUAAGGAAGAAAUAGGAAGCUGUAAUUAAAAGUAUAUGAC